AUGGCUUGUAUGAAGCUUGGUACAAAAUCUGACGCAUUUCGUCUUGUAGACCAUGCAUGGAUGUGUACUGGCGGGCUUCCAAGCGAUGUCAUGAUUGAGAUAGGUGAAACAUCAUUUUAUCUCCAUAAGUUUCCUUUAAUGGCAAGAAGUGGGCUUUUAACUAGACUGAUUGAAGACAAUCCUAGUGAAGAAGGGCUAAUUUGUGUUGCCCAUCUAAAUGACAUACCUGGUGGGGCUAAAUCAUUUGAGAUUAUAGCUAAGUUUUGUUAUGGUGUAAAGCUAGAGCUUACGUCCCAUAAUGUGAUCAGCCUUCGGUGUGCUGCAGAGUACCUUCAAAUGACUGAUAAUUACGGAGAAGAUAAUUUGAUUGCACAAACAGAGUAUUUUCUAAAUCAAGUGUUUAGCACUUGGUCCGAUACCAUGAUUGCUCUUGAAAGCUGUGAGGAAGUUUUUUCAGAUGCAGAAGAGCUAAACCUUAUUUCUAGGUGCAUUGAUUCAUUAGCAAUGAAAGCUUGUUUGGGUCCAAGUCCUAAUACAUACGACAGGCAUACACGUUCCACAUCAGGAAUGGAUGACUUCACACAGGACCAAGUUUUGAAUGGAAUCUCUACGUCUGCGAAGCCACAUACAUUAGGUGACAACUGGUGGUAUAAAGAUGUAUCCUUUCUUGGUUUACAUUUAUAUAGACGAGUAAUUUUAGCUAUGGAGGCAAGAGGCAUGAAAUCAGAGACGAUAGCUGGGUCACUUGUGGGCUAUGCAAAGAAAUUUAUACCUUUAAUGAAUAGACAAUCGAGUUUUAAUGAUGCAAGCCAUUCUAAACCGGUUUAUACUCCAUCUGAAGCAGAUCAAAGGGCGCUUUUGGAAGAUAUUGUGGGGUUAUUUCCAAACCGAAAAGGAAUUGUUGGGACUAAGUUUCUUAUAAGGCUACUUAGAACUGCCAUGGUGCUACACGUGAGUCCAUCUUGUAGGGAAAAUCUGGAGAAACGGGUUGGGGCCCAAUUAGAUUCAGCUCACUUAGACGAUAUACUGAUACCAAAUCAAGGAUUCAAUUCAGUGGAUACCUUGUAUGACAUAGAUUGUUUUCAAAGAAUUCUAGAGUAUUACAUAUCUAUGGACUCUUCUAGUACACUAAAUUCUCCGUGUAUAGUGGAAGAGGGGUUGGAAGAUGGGGGCCAAUCUUUGAGUUCUAUGACAUCAGUGGCUAAUCUUGUUGAUUCAUAUCUUUCUGACGUGGCUGCAGACGUGAACAUGAAAUUAUCCCAGUUUCAGUCUCUUGCGGUCGCUGUUCCAGAUUAUGCGCGUCCACAAUCUGAUGGCAUGUAUCAUGCAGUUGAUAUCUUUUUAAAGGCACAUCCAUGGAUAACAGACUCUGAGCGCGAGCAAAUCUGCAGACUCAUGAACAUUCAGAAGCUAUCAUUGGAGGGGAGCGCUCAUGCAGCUCAGAACGAGAGGCUUCCUUUGCGUGUCAUAGUGCAAGUCCUUUUCUUUGAGCAGAUAAGGCUGCGUACAUCUAUUGCAGGGUGGUUUUUUGUGUCUGAAAAUCUGGAUAGUAACAAAAUUAAUGGUGAAAUGGUUAGCACACAGGGGAGAACGGGUAUACAUGAGAUGAGGGAGCGUGUCGUUGAGCUUGAAAGGGAGUGUGAGAAGAUGAAGUAUGAGAUUCGUGAAGUGAAAUCGAAAACAAGUUGGAGCUUUUUCUGCAAGCGAAGGAGGCAUCAUCGUCGAUAG